CUCGUCUCUCCUCUCUCGCCUAACACUUACCACACACUUUUCACGCCUUCAUCAUCCUCCUUUCUCUUCCCAAACUUCUCUUUUCUUCUCAGUUAAAUUUUUUUCAGUUCUCCUUUUAAAUUAAAUCUAUGAUCUAGCUCGUGUCACCAUAGCUCUCUGGCAAUAGAAGCUGUACAGUUAAGCUUAAGGUAAAAACAAAUUUUCAUUUAUUUUUUCUGGAUCGAAAAAAAAAAGAAAAGAAAACGAUGAAUCACUGGGCGGUUCAACCAAACGCUUUCGCUGCGGGUGGAGAUCUGAGGAACUCCGUGUCAGUGGUGGAAAGAGACCAGGCUGUUGUCGUUUGUCCAAAACCACGUCGUAUUGGUCUCCGUAACCCUCUCCACCAUCCUUCUCGAUCUCUGCGAUGUUACAACCACCAAGUUGAAUCCAAGGCAGAGGCUGAUAUCUUAGAUAUCAUUCUGACAAAGGAUGGUUAUGGUACGGAACAAGUUUACCAAACGCAGGUAUUAGACUCGCCGUCCCCGUUUUUAUGUGGGUCGCCGCCGAGCAGAGUCGCUAACCCUUUAACACAGGAUGCUCGAUUCAGAGAUGAAAUCUUUUCUUCGCCGAUACCGACUCCGCUGGGCCAACCUCCCUCGUCUCCUUCUUCUUCUUCCUCUGGGAGGAAAGGAGGAUGUGUUAGAGGCAAUUUUGCUAACAGCCCAGCAGUUAGGAUCGAAGGGUUUGAUUGCCUCGAUAGGGACAGUAGAAACUGCAGCAUCCCUACCUUGGCUUAGAAACCACAAACCUCAAAGAACUAACCACACAUACUCCGUUGAAUUUAAUUUCACAAAAACCAGUUAGUGCGUCGUACAUAAAUGUUGUUAAAUGAUAUGGAGAUGUGUGGAAUGAGUCUUUGAGUGAAGUUGAGAAAGUACAAGAGAUCGAUCAUUUGGAGUUUUUUUUUUCUUCUAAGAGUGUAAAUAGGUGACGAAGUACGCAGUUUUCUUGGGUUAAGUAUGUAGUAUUUGUCGUCAUUUUGUAAAGUAUUAAUAUUCGGAAGGUCAGGUUCUCUUCUAUGGUUAUGUAAAGAGAUGGAGAUAGAAGAGGAGGGUAUUUUCGUUUGUAGUUUUCUUUUUUGUUGGAGUGUCGGUUAUGAAGAUGAGGAAACAAAUUUGUACAAAAAGAAAGAAUUCAAAUGAUAUCAAAUAUUUUACUUUGGAAGCGAA